AUGUAUACAUAUAUAAACGAGAGAGAUUUACCAAAUGAACCCAAUACUUAUCAUCAUUUCGUGGAAGAUAUGAAGUCAUUUCGACUAGUACCUGUUUUUGUUCUGACAUUAUUCAUCUUUACUAUCAGUCAUACGCUUCCAGUUGAACAUCAGACUGAAGAUGACUUUCCUGAAACAACAAACAAUGAAAUAAAACACUUUGAACAACAUCCAAAUCUGAAUCGUGUUCAAGAUCAUCAAGUGUUAGAAGAUGAGAAACACUAUCUGUCAGAGACUGAUCAUGUUCUAAGACAAAAGCGAGCUCAGAAUUGGUUUAAUGGUAAAACGGAUACGAAUAGUGGCAGCGCACGAGCAGCAUUCCGCAAAGCAAAAGACCAAAACGGUAUCCCAAGAAGUAAAAAACCAGUGCAACAAUAUUAUGUUCCAGAUAAACAUGAUCCGAAGAAAAAUCUGAGACAGUAUGAUUAUAUUAAUUCUUAUGGAGAAAAGAUUUCAAUAAGAAAAGAUAUUCCGAUAAAGUUUGCAGAUGGUGGCUAUCAAGGACCACAUUAUAAUGCGGGACCAACUGGGGGAAAGCUUAAACAACAUCAUCAUUUCCCAUCCCGACAAGGAUAA